AUGAUGGACCCUCCGCCGCCAAAGUCGCACGCCAGCCUCUUCCAGGUCUACCUGCGACUGCGCCCGGCGCCGACAAACUCGACCAACACCGAGAGAUUCCUGCUCGUCGAGGAGCCUGACGAGGCCGAGACGCCCACCCACGUCACGCUCAACCCUCCCAACGACCGGCGACGCGCCAUCGAGAAGUUCGCCUUCACACAGGUCUUCGAGGAGGAUGCCACACAACUCGACCUCUUCCAGGGCACGCGCGUGCUGCCCCUGGUCGAAGGCGUGCUCGCGCCGCACGGCGGCGACGGGACAGACGGCCUGCUUGCUACAUUGGGCGUGACUGGCUCGGGCAAGACGCACACCAUUUUGGGCUCCAGAACACAGCGCGGCUUGACCCAGCUCGCCCUCGACACCAUCUUCCGAUCCAUUGGUUCCAACUUGGUCGACUGCGCUGAGCAACCUUCCCUCGAAAGCAGUAUCCAGACCUCCGAUCCCUCCGAAGCCACCAUCUACUCUGCCCCGGCUUUCCUCGACACCGUCUACAACGACUUCAGGGGCUCAACGAGGCCCGGAUCGAGAGCCCAAACCCCCAUGACUGUACGGCAACCCCCUAAACCCAGUUUCAUUCGUAUCCCCAUGAGCGAUGCGUUCUUACAGGUGCCCCGCAUGUUUCCAGAGACUCCUGGAAGCGUGCGCAUUGUCCGCCAGGAGGACGAGAUAUCCAAGAUCACCCAGUUGUCCACUCCCCCAAGUCAGAUGGACAGGAGCAAGUGGCUCUCCCAACACCAACAGACACAAGACGUGUCAGCCAGGCCAAAGUUGGCCCCCGGCUCCUCCCCAAAGAAACACUACAUGGCUCCCACCUCAGCUGCCAAGUCCAAGAAUGUUACUAAAUCGUCUCCCAUGAAGAACGACAAUGCGACCGCCUCGACACGAACCCGCCUGCAGCGGCCUACUGCAUUCCCUCAGGUCCCCGAUAUCAGCUCGAUUCGCGCCUCGUGCGACCCGUCGGCCGAGUACGCCAUUGUCAUAUCCAUGUACGAGGUCUACAACGACCGCAUCUUCGACCUCCUGACGCCACCCAUCAAGUCGAACGCAACGAAGGAGUUCCGCCGCCGGCCUCUAUUAUUCAAGCCUACUGAGCAAUCCCCAGAUCGUAAAGUGGUCGCCGGCCUACGCAAGAUCAUCUGUGGCAACCUGAAGGAGGCUUUGAUGGUCCUGGAGGCCGGCCUCAACGAGAGGAGAGUCGCCGGAACCGGCAGCAAUAGUGUGUCCUCGCGUAGCCAUGGCUUCUUCUGCGUGGAGAUCAAGAAGCGACGAAAGGGCCGCACCAGUGGCCACUGGGGAAGCAGCACCCUCAGUGUCGUCGAUCUCGCUGGUAGUGAGCGAGCACGAGAUGCAAAGACCCAAGGUGCAACGCUAGCCGAGGCAGGCAAGAUCAACGAGAGCUUGAUGUACCUUGGGCAGUGCCUACAGAUGCAAAGCGAUAUGGGAAAUACCAGCAAGCCCAACUUGGUGCCCUUCCGGCAAUGCAAGUUGACUGAGCUCCUCUUUUCGAACUCGUUUCCGUCUUCCUCCUUAUCCCAGUCGCAACAUACUCAGCGACGUGCGCCGCAAAAAGCGGUUAUGAUCGUGACCGCCGACCCGAUGGGUGACUUCAACGCAACCUCCCAGAUCUUGCGCUACAGCGCCUUGGCUCGUGAGAUUACUGUACCUCGAAUUCCAUCGAUAACUUCCACCAUCCUCAACAGCCAGCCGGCGUAUCCCAACCUGCCGCAGUCACAGUACAGCCCCUGCAGCAGUCCUCCGCUGCUGCCAUUGUCCUCAUCACCUAUGUCGACCCGCAGCCAGCCCUUCUUUCACCCUUCGUCAGGCUCACACUCUCGAACGUUCUCCCCAACGUCCGAUUCGGAGCGUGCAACGAUGGAGAAUGCGGCACUCGAGAUUGCCCGCAUGGCCGACAUCAUUGAGAAGCUCAACAAUGAAGUUGCACGGGAAUCUGAGGCUCGUAUGGAGGCUGAGGCGCACUUGAUGUCCCUUGAGGACCGUCUUGUCGACCUCGAACAGGAUAUCCGGGAGGAGUGUCACUCGGACUUUGAGAGCCGCAUUGCCCUGGAAAUGGCACGGUGGAAAGCAUCCCUCGCGCUGGAACAGGAGCGCGGCGAGGAGCACUGGGACCGCAAGGUUGAGGUUCUCAGCCGGGUGACCGUCACCGAGGAGAACGGAGAUGAAGAAGGCGAAGAGGACAAGGAAAAUGUACUCAUCGAGAACCUUGAGGAGGAGAACGAGAGACUGCGCCGCGAGCUGGCCGUCCUGAAGCGCGAGCUCGGGUCCCGCACCCCAAGCAAGCGCGCCCCGCUCCAGGACCGGGGCGACUUUGUUGCCACCGUCAAGAGCGAGAUGGCCGGCCUAGGCAGCCGCAUGGAGGAGCUGAGAGUCAGCGGCUCCGGCGAGGACGGCCUCGGCGCCGGCGGCAGCUCUCGGAAGAGCAGAGCAGGUGCUGCGGCAACGACCAGCACCGGCAGUCCCACCAAGAAGGUGCGGAAGCUCAACACCAAGCGCUGGGAGAGCGUGGAAGUGGACGACGACAUGAUGUAA